AUGGCUAUCAAGUUCUUGUUGAUCCUUGGCCUCUUGCCCCUGGCCGUAGUCGCUGAAUCCGCCAAUGCCAUGUGGACCCUAACCAAAUCUUGUGUGAAUGGGCAAGGUUGCAUUGGAGACGAAGAUGGGCUUGAGUCUUUGAUGGAUUCUGAGACUAACCGGCGCCAACUAGCCGCAAGACGCACCUACAUCAGUUACGGUGCGCUCAGGAAGAACAAUGUGCCGUGCAGCCAACGUGGCCGGUCUUACUACGAUUGCAGGAGGAGGAGAAGGGCUAACCCUUACAGACGUGGCUGCAGCGUCAUCACGCAUUGCUACAGGCAAACUUCUUAA